CCCCUCAAUCGGUUAUUGCACUGUGAGCAGAUUACCUUAGCUUUAUCUUUGACAAAUAUUUAACUACAUAACUUUAUAUCUGACAUUUAUCUUACUUGGCAACAUUUCCAAUCAAUAGGUCAACUUAAAGUGAGGUAUAUAAUGUAGACUUUGUAACAGCCUCUAUAGAUCACACCUGCUUAUACACCUUCUGCUGAAGACUCUGAAGAAUUUUUAAAAAGGGGCCGAACUUGCUGGCCCUACAUAUUUCUAAUGAUCAAAAUGGCUGGUGAUUUAGCAGCGAAUGUGACAGACAACAUCCUAACAUGUCCAAUAUGUCUGGAGACAUUUGAUGAUCCACGUGUGCUGCCAUGCUACCACACAUUUUGUCUUGGGUGCAUCAGCGAUCACGCCAGAGUAGAGGGACAGAGGACCUCUUUUCAUUGCCCAAUGUGCAGAGAAACAAUUGACAUUCCAAAGGGAGGAUUACGGAAUCUCAAAAAGAAUUUUGUCUUUCAGAAAGUUAAGACAAUAAUAGACGAAAGCAAAUCUCGACCAAAUACUACACAAAAAGGCCAUUGCGCCACUGACGACCUACCUCCAGGAAAACGACAGGAUGCUGAUUGGUCAUUACAAAACUGUGAAGAACAUCCUGGCAAUGAAUUGCGCUAUUACUGUCAAAACGACGACACCAUUGUGUGUGCUGACUGCAUAGUUACCAGACACCGCGGACACAACUGUAUGCCUCUCACAGAAGUUGUUGGCAAAAGUCGAGCCCAAAUCCAAAUUCUCCAACAAAAAGCUCUCAAGAAGCUUUCAGCGAUUAGACAAAUAGAACAGAAUUUUGAUGCAAAUAUUCCAUUACUAGUACAAAAUGAAGAAGCCACGCUUGAGGCUAUCGAUAAACAAGCAGAACAACUCUAUGCCAUAAUAACAGAAUCAAGAGAGAAGCUGAAAAAUGAGACAAGGACAGCUUUUAAAUCAGAAAGGCAGAAGUCUGAAUCUUAUAAAAAUGACCUUGACCUUCAGAAGGCCAUAUUGGACUCCACCUGCGAGUUUGCACAGCAACUUCUCACAAAUGGCUCAGAUUUUGAUAUCAUGAUGCACACCAAAAUGCUGAAAGAAAGGUUUGGUCAAAUUGAACAGGUACAGCUGUCAAAUUUUGAGGACACAGAGCUGGUGACAUUUGUCCCUGGUAACAUCACCAACAGCAGUGUAGCAGCACUGCUGGGAAAAGUCGCUGUCAAAGAAAGUGAAUCAAGGAACACUAGACAGCAGGAAAAAGGUGAAAUCCAUCCAGAACAAAUUCUUCCAGAAUCUCCUAAAUGUCUUCCCAUACAAGCAAGAGGAGUUUACCAAGACACAAGCCGACAAGUACAUGUACCAAAGUUAUUACUUGCCUCUGAUACUCCACUCAUAAAAAAUGAGGUGGUAAAGAAUCCUAAAGGUGUCAAAAGGAGAUCAGAUCUACCUAAACCUCCAUAUACACCUGGUCAUACUACCCACACACUACCUGUGCGUCCUGCAAGUCCUAGGCAGGUGGCCUCAGCUUCAAGAGGAGCCCAAGAGAGAAGAAGAAAUUCUAAGCCACAGAAUCACUACACAGACCUUGCUGGCAUUCUUAGUGGUAGCUUGUAUUGAGGUACAUGUAGAUCUGCUAUGGACAGAUCCUGAUGAAAUUCAUCCAAGACCGUCAAAAACAAAGGCUGUUGGCACUGUGUGGAAUCAUUUGAGACAAGAAAAUGUUUGAGAAUCUCCGAAGUGGAGUUAACUUUUCAGGUAUAGGGAAAAAGUCAGUGUGUAGGAAAUGCCAUUUUGGAAAAUGAUCACACAAAUCUGACAUGCAAGACAUGGCACAUUCAGAUGGUUGUGUAAGAUUGUAAUUCAACAGGACAUUACUGGGAAAUUUCUGAAUCUAGGCUCUGUCAGCUAUUAUUCAAUGCACCCCAGCACUUGCUAGUCUGCCCUUAUUUCUGACACCACUCUCUACUUAUUCUCACAGAAUCCCACUUGAUUUUACACUGACUGUCUUCCGGCCUAGCUGCAUUGAACUAAGACAACUCAACAAACUUCACAUCAUAUGAUGGGUACACAAGUCUCUUUUAUGAAAAUUUUGAGUGUUUUGUAAUAGAACCAGAAGGCUGUCAAAAUCCAUCCCUGCUACUGCAACAACAAAGAGAGAAUAGGUUCAUAGACUGAAUCAUUUUCAUCAGAGACAUUAACAUGAAAGUUUACAAAAACAAUAAUUUGAAAGAAUGAGAAAAAAAAGUUACGCUGCUGUUCACCAAACAAACACUGGUUUGAACAAAUCAGCACUAUCAGUAACCUUCACUCCACUAAGGUAUUGCUAAGUUAGUAAUUUUUAAUUUACCACAAGCAUAAUCUGUAUAUUUUGAAAUGUUCUAACAUUGAAUUGAAAUUUAAUAUU